AUGGCAAAGAUCUCAGUUGUUGGUAAAGGUAGUUGGGAGUUUCUCAAUAAAGAGCAGACUGCCGAAAGCAGUGAAGAAAAUGAUGGUUAUGUCGAAGACGAAGAUGAUGAUUGGGAGAGAAUGUAUGACGAUGAAUAUGACGAUCUUAUUCGAAAAUUCGGCAAUAGCAGUAAGUUAAUUACUGAUUCGGUGAAUGCUGUUUCAAAGGUAACUACGGGUGAGUUUUCAUUAUAUUUCAAAGUAUUUCUUGUUAUUAAAUCCGGAUGGUGAAUAACACUUACUGCCAAUCUAACUGGUUUGGAUGAGUUUUGGGACCGGAAGCUACUUGAAGAAUUUUCCUCGGCAAAGGUCGUAGGUAAGGAUCGUUCUGAUCGAGCAACUGCAGAACAGGUUCUGGAUAAACGUACGUUGCUUGUAUUAAGACGACUUUUGCAACGAGAUAUUUUUAAUAAAAUUGAAGGAUGCAUUAGUACUGGUAAAGAAGCGAAUAUCUACCAUGCUUUAACAAUCGAUGGCAAAAGUCUGGCCGUGAAGGUAUAUAAAACAAGUAUACUUAUCUUUCGAGAUCGCGACAGAUAUGUUAGUGGUGAAUUCAGGUAUCGACAUGGUUACUGUAAACAUAAUCCGAGAAAAAUGAUCACAGUGUGGGCAGAGAAAGAAAUGAGGAAUUUGUCCCGAAUGCAUUCAGCCGGGCUUCCAGUUCCAAAACCUGUAAUCGUUAAGCAGAAUGUUUUGGUUAUGGAUUUUAUUGGUAUCGAUGGCUGGCCAGCAGUACUUUUAAGAGAUGCUCACCUUUCAUCUGAGCUUGCUGACGCGCUUUAUAUUAAAUUAGUGGGUUUUAUGCGGAAAAUGUAUAGAGAUUGUCGACUAGUACAUGCCGAUUUGUCCGAAUACAAUAUUAUGGUUAUGGAGGAAAAGUUAUAUAUAAUUGAUGUAUCGCAAUCAGUUGAGCAUGAUCAUCCACGUUCGCUGGAAUUUCUUCGUUCAGACUGCUCAAAUGUCACAAAAUUCUUCAGAAGUAGAGGUAUUCCUGUGUUCUCUACCAGAGAUCUUUUUCGUUUGGUGGCUGAUCCGUCGAUUAAAACGGAAAGUGAACUACAGGAAUUCAUGACUAAAAGGACCUUCGAAACACCAGCCACUGAUGCUUUGUUUAUGAAUGCUUUUAUUGCUCAAAAAUUAGAACAAGUACUUUACUUUGAACGUGACCAACAAAUUGCAAAAGUUGGUGGAGAGAUUCCAAAUCCGUUCCAGACGAUGAUUUCACAAAUAAAGAACGAUGAAGAAGAGGUAAGGUAA